CCACCGUCCGUACGAUGACAUCACGGCGUUCAGGAAUGGUGGCUCUGACUGAUGGAGAAGGAGCCAAAAGACCCUAAAACUUUUCUUCUAACAUAAUUAGAGGGACUCAAACUUGAUUGUGAGGCAGAAACAGCAUAUGGUACCGGGGUAUAACCGGAAGAACUCGAAAUCGGUUUGAUUUAUUGUUGAAUACUGACGCCCAGUCUCGGAAGUUGACUACUGUAACGUUACUGUCUAGUUCAACGUUAACGACGUAAACGUUGGCUACCUGGCUAGCAAGCUAGCUAAUAGCUAACAACAACAGCCUGUAGCUAGCUUAUAAGCUAAUGUUAACAUUAGUCGCAACACCAGUCAUUGUUUUAUUAAUAUAGUAACUUUAUUGAUGAAUACAUUAGUAAUCCAAAACAAUCAAUAAUUGUCAUAAAUCAGUCGAUAAGUGACAUUGCGUCUUGGCUGGUUAAGUAAGGACAUUUACGAAGACCCUUCCAGUCAUAACGUUAGCUAGCUAGCCAUUCUACCACUUCAGUCAAGUCAGCUAAAUUAGCAAGCAAAGCUAAACUGCAUCGUCGCUCAUCGCCCUUUUUGGGUCCAGUUUUCGAAAGUCAGGAUAACGAAGCAGCCAGACGCUAAUCGAGUACCUUUGAUGCCAUAAUGGAAAGUUUAACAUUAACGGAUGUGGAGCAGAAAUAUUACUCAGAUUUGUUCGUUUAUUGCGAUACGGACAACACCAAGAAAGUGGCUUCCAACGGCAGAGUUCUUGACCUUUUCCGGGCGGCCCAGCUACCCAACGAGGUUGUCCUGCAGAUCACAGAGCUCUGUGGAGCCACUCGACUGGGCCAUUUUGGAAGGAGCCAGUUUUACAUUGCACUUAAACUCAUCGCUGUAGCCCAGUCUGGACUACCUCUACGGGUAGAAAGCCUAAACUCUGUCAAGGACUUGCCUCUGCCUCGCUUUGUUGUGGCAAAAAAUGAGCAGGAGGCCAGACACACAGCCUUGUACCCUGACUUGGAGAACCAGGGGUCUUACCAAGGUGUGAUUCCACGGCCCCCGGGAAGAGGGCAGAUUAAGAAGGUGUCUGCCCAUGAGGUCAUCCAGCCCUGUCUGCCCACAGUAGAACCACAGCCCGACACCACGUCUCCGGUGGUGUCCCCCCACCAGUCUCCUCCCACCUCACCCCACGCCUGGAGGAAGCACAAACGGCAGGCCAGUGGCGGAAACCUGGAGAGACCGCCUGUGGUGGUGGCAGGAGCUGUCUGGACUCCUUUCAGAGAAGCACAAUCAGGACCUGUGGUGACAGGUGAUGGGAUGUGGUCCGCCCACUCUCCUCCUCCUGUUCAGGAAAGCUGGGUCAGUUUGAAAGAUACUCACCCCCCCUCCUCGAGCACCCUCCCACCAAUGCAUCCCUCGUCGGUCCAGGAGAACUCUUCGAUCCGAACCCUUGCAUCUGCUACAACCGCCAAUGAAAUCCAAAGACAGUCCAGUAGUGGUUAUGACGACCCCUGGAAAAUUACGGAUGAGCAGAGACAGUAUUACAUCAAUCAGUUUAAGACCAUCCAGCCAGACCUUAAUGGUUUCAUUCCUGGUUCUGCUGCAAAAGAGUUUUUCACUAAAUCAAAGCUACCUAUUCUUGAACUCUCCCACAUUUGGGAGCUGUCAGAUUUUGAUAAAGACGGGGCGUUGACACUGGACGAAUUCUGUGCUGCAUUUCAUCUAGUUGUUGCAAGGAAAAAUGGCUAUGAUCUUCCAGAAAAGCUGCCGGAGAGUCUCAUGCCAAAGCUUAUUGACUUGGAUGACUCAGCAGAGGUUCCAGACCAGGCUACUGAUGUGGGCUACUCGGGGUCCCCUGUUGAAGUUACCCCCAACAAGUCUCCCUCCAUGCCCUCACUCAACCAGACCUGGCCUGAUCUCAACCAGGGGAAUGAGCAGUGGGAGACUUUUAGUGAACGCUCCUCCAGCUCACAAACUCUGACCCAAUUUGAUUCUAACAUUGCACCAGCUGACCCUGAUACGGCUAUUGUCCACCCUGUUCCCAUCCGCAUGACCCCGAGCAAGAUUCAUAUGCAGGAGAUGGAGCUGAAGAGAACUGGAAGCGAUCACACACAUCCUACUAGUCCUCUGAUGGUCAAACCACCUGAGCUCUCUGAAGAAACCAAGCUAGCCACCUCUAUGAAGUUUGUUACUGCUAAUUCUGGUGAUGGUUAUAGUAGUUCCGAUUCAUAUACUUCGGAUCAAGACCCAAUUACAAGUAUCGUAGCAAGACAAAGGUCUCAUUCCGGGACCUCUCCUGAAGGACUGAAGGUGGUAGCUGCCCCCCCACCGCCACCUCCCAGACCCCACGCCUCCCACUCCCGCUCAUCCUCACUAGACAUGAACCGAACCUUUGCCGCCGUCUCCACAGGGCCACAGCAAGCUGGGGGUGUGGCCUACCCCCCGGCCGUGCCGCCUAGACCACUACCCACGCAGACCUCAGGGCCCCAUAGUGGGCACCGCUCUGAUGAAGGCCUGGCAGCACACUCCACUACCUCGCCCCAGCAGAUCCCAGAGCAGCCCAACUUCGCUGACUUCAGUCAGUUCCAGGCGUUCGCUGCCUCGGAUCAGCCCGGCGACGAUGGGGAGAAGCACGCCGAAAGUCUUCCAUUAGAGAAGUCUUCAGAAGGACCUGGGCCUUUAAGAACCAUGAAGAGUGAGAGCCAGGAGGAGAGAGCUAAUGCUACUGUGAACACUGCCAAAGGGCCCAUCAUGGCCCCCCCACCCAAGCCUGUCCGCAGGAGACUGAAGUCUGAGGACGAGCUCCAGGACGAGACCCUCCCCCCGAAGUCCAACGUUAUAGCCACUGUUUUAGCAACACAGCCAUCUAUUCCCAGGUCUGUUGGUAAAGAUAAAAAAGCAAUUCAAGCUUCUAUCAGAAGAAACAAGGAAACCAACACAGUCUUGGCCAGACUCAACAGUGAACUACAACAACAGCUAAAGGACUUGCUAGAAGAGAGGAUAUCUUUGGAGGUUCAACUGGAACAGCUCAGACCAUUUUCCCAUUUGUAACGUGUGUGUGUGUGGGUGGUUGGGUUUGUGUGUGAGUGUGUGUGUGUGUGUGUGUGUGUGUGUGUGGGUGGUUGGGUUUGUUUGUUUGUGUUUGGGUGUGUGUGUGUGUGUUCCACAAAGAAGAUAUCACAGGCCUGAAGGGGCCUUUUGUGUGAUGCACAUGUCCCCUCCCUCUGCUUACUGCUGUCCCUAAUGUGGGAAGCACACUGUCACCAGCUGACUGACCGGACACCACACUGACUUACCGUCAUCCUAACAGAGAACAGUCUCACCAGAAGGAAUGGGAUUGGAACAUUACAAUUAUUGGCACUUUUAUUUAUCAAAGAAAUAGCAUUAUUUUACAAAUCAAUCCCUUAUAUUAUCACACUGGGUUGAGGCCAGGCAGGAAGGCGAGUGGGCAUCGAGCUGGACCUUGAGUCAUUGGUUACUGGAUGCCAAAUUCCCUCGCCCAUUUUUCCCCAUGAUGACAAGUGUCCAGUUGACUGAAUGAGAGGAGCCCUAUAUAGUCUGUCUGUUCUAUGUUGUGUGUGGGGGGGGGGUCAUGCUUUAUCCUGGAGCACCUCAGACUGACUAUGUGACAGAAACCCAUCGUUUGAUGUUUUAGUUUAUUCCAGCCCACCCCACUAGGUGUCUAUACUGUUUGUUAGGAUGUAUGGUGUGUGUUUAUUUUUGGAUGUAUGUGGGCAGGCAAACGGUAACAUAAACAGCAUGUUGCAAAGACUAUGUUCUUUUUUUGGUUGUUGUUUCACUAGUCUUCUGCAAUUUAAUCUUUAACACGAUGACCUGUAUUACCUUGUAAAGUGAAUCACCCCCAGAUGACAAUUUAUAUUAUAUUUUUGCUUCUGGCUCUGUAGUUGCUCAUGCGGAAGCUGCCUGUGCCUCACACGGUACAUAAUCUGAACCAGUCCUGCCCCAAACACAAGGUUCCCCUGUGAGAUAUAUGAAAACCAACUAUGGAAAUGAGACUGAUUGAAACGACUGCACUUUUCCCCUUUUACUUUUUGUUUCCCCUGACACUUUUUUUGUUUUUUUACCUGCAUGUUCUUAUCUAGUAUGAAGAUUACGCGAAAAACAAACCACUUGAUUUGUACCUGUAUAUCUUACCUAGUAUGUGAUGGUACCUAAACCUUGUAUAACUGUCUGUUUUUGUUGUCCUGGAACUUCUUGUUUUUCUUUUCUUUUAAUUUGUAUUUUAUUUUUUACCUGUCCUCAAAAGCCUUAUUUCUGGCGUUCAGGUUUCCACUGUAAUCAAUUCUCCCUGUAUUGAACCAAGGUCAGCCUUUUUCCCCCUGCUGUUCAGGUUGAUGUACUGUAUAAGAGGUUUGUAUAUUGUAUAUGAUACACACCCACACACAGACACCUUUUGAUCUCAUAUGUAAAUUUGCAUUAAUUGCUGACAGCAAAUAUUCUAUUUAAUUGCUUAUAUUAUGGCUGUGGUAUCAUAGAUGUUUAACUGCAUGGAUGUCUCUGCAGAAUGAACUAGCAGCUGUGUGAUUUUUACACAAAAUAAAAACGGCACACUAUUUUAA